ACUACAAAAUUGAUGCGCUUUCCACUCUCUCCCAUUGCCCUUCUAAUAGAAUGAAUGGCAAAACAUAAGUAAGGAUAAUACCAUUCAAUACAUUCUUCCUUUGGUUACAACCUUUGUAUUGAUGAAUUUUUUUAUUGUGUGACCUUAAUGCACGUGCAACAUGCCAUGCGGUUAUGAAUAACUCAUGUGUAACACCCUUGAUAUGUAAAUCUUGUUUCAAGAAAGUUAUUUAUGGUUGAGGUCCCCACGGUAACAUUGGUGUACUAGCAAUUGGCUUUGUUGGUAAACUAUUAUAACAAAGAUCCAAACUCUUGCUAGUCUUGGGAAAGUUUAAACAUUUCCUUCCCACUCAAAUUACUUUUGUUUCCACAUAUUAAACAAGAAACUGAUUGAAUUUUGAAAUUUCCAUUUUCUAUUCCUAUCUCUCUAUCUAUCUAUCUCAACCUCACUCCCAAUUGAAGCUUAAAAGCAGUCAUUACCAACCUUCCUUCUUGUUCAACUUCUUUAUCUCUUUCUUUCUGCUACAAUUAAGAUUCUCAAAACCACAAGUGCUUCUUAGUCUUCAUCAUCUAGAAAUGAAAGGCAUAGAUAUCUUCUGUGCAUCACAGGCCUCAACAGCCAUAUGUCUAAGCAUGGAUCAACCCUCUUCUUCUUCCAACACCACUCAAUUUGGGGGGAGAGCCAUUGAUCGCCACAACCCCAUAAUCACUGAUCCAAGAAGAACCCCUUUGAGAGACCUCACUGCCUCUAGUUCUUCUCCUCAGCCACCCAUAGACCCCAAACCUUUACAUGAUCUCCAAAAGGCCAAGAAGAAAUCCACUUCAAAGCCAAGUGGGCAGAAAAAGAAAAAUACAACAAAGGGUCAUGAUCAGAAGAAGAAAAGCACAGCACAAAAGUUGACUGAACAUAUUACCAACAAUUACUCUUCAAAACCAAUUGAUAGCAUUCUGAAGAGGAGUUGGGUUAAUCCACCUUCUGAUUUAUUCACUCCUCCUGGUUCAACAAGAUAUUUGCUUGGUGAAACGCCUUCCUUGGAUGCUGUAUCAGAUUAUGAUCCUGUUUUGGCUUUAGCCAAACAUGAUAACAAAAAAGCUCAAGUCCUUCAUCAAGAAGAAGCCGACCAUUCAUGUAAACCCUCGAGCUCCUCUCUUCCAAAAACUGCUUCCUCAGACCAGGUUGUAGUAUUGAGGGUUUCUCUGCACUGUAAAGGUUGUGAAGGGAAAGUGAGGAAACAUCUCUCUAGAAUGCAAGGAGUUACGUCCUUCAACAUAGACUUUGCGGCAAAGAAGGUUACAGUUGUUGGUGACGUGACUCCUCUGAGCGUAUUGGCAAGCAUAUCGAAGGUUAAGACUGCACAAUUUUGGCCAGAACCUGCUUCAGCAGUUGGAUCCGGUACCACAGAAACAAAGAAAACAAAUUUGAUCUAAUUGAAGAGUAGAGCUACCAUUGGUGUUGUUUUAUGGUACAUGUACUUGUUUUGUUUUUUUCUUUACCCAGAUAUUUCCACGGACAUAACUGAGAGACUAAUACUCUAAUGAUAACUUCAAGGUUUGAGCUCUUGUAUUGGGUAGUAAUUUAUUUACUGUAAAUACAAAUGUUAGCAAGUGCA